AUGGCUGAAACCCGCGGUCACGGUCACUUCGUCAAGCCGUACCAUCUUGAACCGCGCCUCGCCGAAUAUGUGGCCAAUCACAGCGGCCCGCUGCACCCGGCUCUCGCAAAGCUCUGCCAAGAAACCCAGAAGCACCCACAUGCUUAUAAGAUGAGCGACACGACUCAGUUACAGCUCUUCCAGAUCCUGCUCAAGGCUACAAAGGCACGACAUUACUUGGACGUAGGCGUAUUUACGGGUGUAAGCGCAAUGGCAGCUGCCCUCGCACUUCCACCAGAUGGCAGAGUCGUUGGUCUUGAGAUUGAGGAGGAGAUCGUCAAAGUUGGUAGACCCUUCUGGAAAGAGGCGGGCGUCGAGGAGAAAAUUGACGUUAUUAUUGGCGACGCCAAUAAGUCUCUAGAUGAUCUGAUCGCUCAAGGCAAAUCAAACCACUUUGACUUCGUAUUCAUCGACGCCGACAAAAGCCCCAUAGAAGAGUACUACGAGAAAGGCCUCCAGCUCGUCAGGCGGCACGGCAUCAUUGCCGUCGACAAUGUGUUUUGGCAAGGGAGAGCGUUCAACGCGGAGUACGACGAUUCCGUCACGGAGUCCGUGCGACGUCUCAGCCGCAAGAUGGCAUCCGACGACCGCGUCGAGAUCAGCAUGCUUACAGUGAGCGACGGAGUCACUUUAGCCUUGAAAAAGUGAACGCCAUCGCCCUGACU